AUGGGUCAUAGAAGCGCUUCGUGGGGAAGCAACUGUUAUGUGCUUCUUCAGGAAGCACUCCCAAGUGCUUCUUCAGGAAGCACUCCCAAGUGCUUCUUCAGGAAGCACUCCCAAGUGCUUCUUCAGGAAGCACUCCCAAGUGCUUCUUCAGGAAGCACUCCCAAGUGCUUUUCCACGAAGUACUCCCAUAUGAUUGAGGUGGUGCUGAACGAUCGUCUCGGGAAGAAGGUGAAGGUGAAGUGCAACGAGGAUGACACCAUAGGCGACCUCAAGAAGCUCGUGGCUGCUCAGACGGGUACCCGAUCCGACAAGAUUCGGAUCCAGAAGUGGUACAACGUCUACAAGGACCACAUCACCCUCAAGGACUAUGAAAUCCAUGACGGCAUGGGCCUCGAGCUCUACUACAACUAA